UAAUACAUCCUGAUAUACACCAGUUAACAGGGUUGUUUCUGCGGGACAGGCAAGCACGAAGCAAGUUGAAAUGAAGGUAAAAACUAGUCUAGCGUGAAGCACUCAAUUUAGGGGUGAAACAUUUUCAUAAGAUACAUAGGCCGGAUGUAUUGAGGUGACCCAAACGAAUUAAUUACAUCUUGUAGCCAACAAUCAUCGCUACAAAGGAACAGGUCAACAAGUAUAGUCCAAGUGGGCCUAAUCAUUAAGCAGCGUUCAGUCACGCAAGCUACCCAAAUUGAUUGGUGCCACAAAACACCUGUGCUCUUAAAAACAAGAUUCCGAAAUAGGAUAAGUAAUUUUUGUUAAACAAAAUCCCAGUUGUUGUGUUUAGUUAUUGGAGCUCAUUAACUAUGUAAUGAAAUGUCUCAAAUAGGCCCGUCUACAUCAUCCUUAAAUCAGAUUGAAGGUUUGCCAAUAACCAGUUUAACGCUACUUAUUAUCCUGCUCAUACCGUGCGUGGUUCUUCUGCUGCUGUUGAACUGUUUGUUCUUGGGUUACAAAUUACUACUGUUUUCGAAGAAGAACAGAAAAAAACAGCGAUCGGACUCAGAAAACACACUUUUACAGUCUACUUUCUCGACUCGACAAAGAAUUAGCAGAAUAUCCGAGGCGCCAUUAUUUUCCAAUAAAGACGGCAAGAUAACCUAUAUCUCGGUUUCAGAGCCAAUGUUGUCACAGCCCGUGAGCUCUUCCCGAACCUCGUCAAAGGAAAGGGCAGCAGUAGACCAGAGAUUUCGAUUCUUGCGCCCGGACGGGGCAACAGGUGGUGUUUCAGAGACGUUGAGAGCAUCAAGCACCAGUUUGGCCACAAAGGCCGAUUGCACCUCCAGGUUCAACCUGCCCCGUAGGUCACGCAUGUGCAGCAGAAACAAAAUGAACUGGAGCAGAAGCGCACCUCUUGUAUUGCAAUCAAGUGAUUCAGAGGCAGAAAUACCUAACCUUGUGCCACCCAAUUCACCUGCAGUACCUGGUCCACAGUCAAGAAUAACACCUGAGCCGAGGGCCUUGCGUCGGAGUAGCACCAUGGAGCUGCAGAAUGUAUUGAACAACGCAGGCGAUCACCACUUCGAUAUGGUUGAGUAUGCCAGUAGCAUAGCUCUGGAGACGUCAUGCUUCGUCGCCUCUGUGAACUCAUCUACCGUGGGUCCCGGGCUGGACAGUGACUUUGGAGCAAGUGCCGGUGUGUCGCUCCGGAUUCUGUCUGCGGACAGUGAUGGUCUCACCAACAGCGGGCGGGCCUCUGGAAUGGAGUGGGACUGUUAUGACCCAUGCUAUGUAAGGGAGAAACACAUUCCGAAACAGAAACAUUACAUACCUGCAUUACAUACCAAGAAUUACUGGGUGUGAUGCCAGAGAAUGAAAUGUUUUAGACACAAAUAUCUCCAAAAGCAUUCACUUUUUAAAGGAGUUACUUAAUGUCACUAUUUUACUUAAACGUGUUUUGUAAAGAAUUGUGCUCACUUUAGUAAAUCGCACUCUUUCAUCAAACGAUGUUCUUUAAAUUUCCAAGACACAAACUAAUCACUGUCACAUUUGUUUUACUCACAACCUAUGCCAUUUUCAAUGUAUAUGUUUCCUUUUCAUGUGAUACACUUAAAUAAGCACAUUUUGAUUAUUUGCACAGAAAUUGCUUGAACAUUUUUAUCUACUAUUCAAUUUAAUAAAGAUUGUGUUGUCAACCAUGCAUAAAUCCUUAAGGAUGUAUUGGUUUCAUGGUUGAAUUUGAUUAAAUAAAGAAAAUCUCCAAAACCAAUAUUUAAAGUUUCCACAACAAAUAAAGUUUGA